AUGAUGGUAGGAAUGAAAAUUCAGCUGGUGUGCAUGCUUCUUCUGGCUUUUAGCUCAUGGAGUCUAUGCUCAGAUUCAGAAGAGAAAAUGAAAGCAUUAGAAGCAGAUUUAUUGACUAAUAUACAUACAUCAAAGACAAGCAAAGCCAGUGUUUCUUCCUGGAAAAUGACCCUGCUAAAUGUCUGCAGUUUUAUAAAUAAUCUGCAUAGCCAAGCUGAACUAACAGGGGAGUUCAGUGAGGAAGAACUAGUAACAAAAAAGAAAUUUCCCCUUGAUUUAGAUGACUUUAGUUUGGAAGCAAUGUUGACGAUCUACCAGGUCCAAAAAAUCUGUCACAGCAGAGCAUUUCAGCAUUGGGAGGCCAUCCAGGAAGAAGUUCUUGACGCUGGAAAUGAUAAGAAUGAAAAAGAAGAUGUCAUAAAAAGAAAAAUCCCUUACAUCUUGAAACGGCAGCUAUAUGAAAAUAAGUCCAGAAGACCUUAUAUACUUAAAAGAGGUUCUUACUUCUACUGA